AUGGCGCUGGAGGAGACCCAGAACAAUGGGUCCGCGGUGGCGGUGGCCCCGAAGGAAGGUGCUCCAUUGCCACUGAAACAACCGCAACAACAGCAGCAAGGUCAAGCGCAGAUUCAACCGUCAACAUCGAACGAAAAGCUGAACAACAUCGUUAACGGCAGUGGCGGCGGUGGCGGCGGAGGAGCAUCGGAAAAGUCACGAUCGAACAACAAACAGAACGAUACAAACACAGCGUUCCUGCGGGCGGCGCGAGCAGGCGAUCUUCCGAAGCUGAUAGAGUAUCUCGAAACGGGCCAGGUGACCGACAUCAACACGUGCAAUGCGAACGGUCUCAAUGCCCUGCAUCUGGCGGCGAAGGACGGGCACUAUGACAUCGUGAACGAGCUGCUGAAGCGUGGCGCCAACGUGGACAACGCGACCAAGAAGGGCAACACCGCGCUCCACAUCGCGUCGCUCGCCGGCCAGAAGGAGAUCAUACAUCUGCUGCUGCAGUACAAUGCGUCGGUCAACGUGCAGUCGCAGAACGGCUUCACGCCCCUGUACAUGGCCGCGCAGGAAAACCACGAUGAGUGUGUAAAUUAUCUACUCGCCAAGGGCGCUAAUCCCGCGCUGGCCACGGAGGACGGCUUCACACCGCUGGCGGUUGCAAUGCAGCAAGGUCACGACAAAGUGGUGGCCGUGCUGCUCGAAAGUGAUACGCGCGGAAAGGUGCGAUUACCGGCGCUGCACAUAGCGGCCAAGAAGGAUGACGUCAAGGCGGCAAAGUUGCUGCUCGAGAACGAACACAACCCGGACGUGUCGUCGAAGAGCGGUUUCACGCCGCUGCACAUUGCCGCACACUACGGCAACAUAAACGUCGCCCAGCUCCUGAUCGAGAAGGGUGCCGACGUGAACUUUACCGCCAAACACAACAUCACCCCGCUGCACGUGGCCUGCAAGUGGGGCAAGCUGAACAUGGUGAAGCUGCUGAUCACAAACCAUGCCCGCAUCGACAGCAUUACGCGCGACGGCCUGACGCCGCUCCACUGCGCCGCCCGCUCCGGCCACGAUCAGGUGAUCGAGGUGCUGCUGGAGCAGGGAGCGGAGAUUAUUUCGAAAACCAAAAACGGACUCGCCCCGCUCCACAUGGCGGCCCAGGGCGAGCACGUCAGUGCGGCCCGCAUCCUGCUGAUGAACAAAUCGCCCGUCGACGACAUCACCAUCGACUACCUGACGGCGCUGCACGUGGCCGCCCACUGUGGGCACGUGAAGGUGGCCAAACUGUUGCUCGAUCGCAACGCCGAUCCGAGCCGGGCCCUGAACGGCUUUACGCCGCUGCACAUUGCGUGCAAGAAGAACCGCAUCAAGGUGGUGGAGCUGCUGCUGAACCACGGUGCUACGAUCGGGGCGACGACCGAGAGCGGCCUGACGCCGCUGCACGUGGCCAGCUUUAUGGGGUGCAUGAACAUCGUCAUCUAUCUGCUGCAGCACGACGCCAGUCCGGACAUUCCGACGGUGCGGGGCGAAACGCCGCUCCAUCUGGCGGCCCGGGCCAAGCAGACGGACAUCAUUCGCAUUCUGCUCCGGAACGGGGCGUACGUCAAUGCGCAGGCUCGCGAGGAUCAGACACCGCUCCACGUUGCAUCGCGAAUUGGCAACGUGGAGAUCGUGAUGCUGCUGCUACAGCACGGCGCCAAGAUUGACGCGAUGACGAAGGACAACUACACACCGCUGCACAUUGCGGCGAAGGAGGGCCAGGACGAGGUGGCCGCGCUGCUGCUCGACAACGAGGCGAACGUGGAAGCGGUCACCAAGAAGGGUUUCACUCCGCUGCAUCUGGCCGCCAAGUACGGCAACCUAAAGUGUGCCGAACUGCUGCUGGAGCGCGGAGCCCAGGUGGACGUGCAGGGCAAGAACGGAGUCACCCCGCUGCACGUCGCCAGUCACUACGACAACCAGAAGGUGGCCCUGCUGCUGCUGGAGAAGGGUGCGUCCCCAUACUCGCCGGCCAAGAACGGGCACACGCCGUUGCACAUUGCGUCGAAGAAGAACCAGCUGCACAUUGCGACCACGCUGCUGGAGUACAAGGCGGAUGCGAACGCGGAGAGCAAGACGGGCUUCACGCCGCUCCAUCUGUCCGCCCAGGAGGGCCACGGUGAGAUGGCCCAAACGCUGCUGGAGCACGGUGCCGAUCCGAAUCACGCGGCCAAGAACGGCCUUACGCCGUUGCAUCUGUGCGCCCAGGAAGACCACUGCGGCAUCGCGGAGACACUGCUCGUCCACCAGGCACGCAUCGAUCCAGUCACGAAGACCGGCUUUACGCCGCUCCAUGUCGCCGCACACUUUGGCCAGGCCGGCAUGGUGAAGUAUCUGAUCGAAAACGAUGCAAACAUCGAGAUGAAGACGAACAUCGGGCACACGCCGUUGCACCAGGCCGCCCAGCAGGGCCACACGCUGAUCAUUAACAUUCUGCUAAAGAACAAGGCCAACCCGGAGGCGGUCACGAACAGUGGCCAGACGGCGCUGGCCAUCGCCGACAAGCUCGGGUACAUCACGGUGGUGGAAACGCUAAAGGUGGUCACCGAGACGAGCGUCACGCACACGGUCGACGAGAAGCUGAAGAUCGUCGGCCCGGAAACGAUUCACGAGACGUUCCUGUCCGACUCGGAGGACGAAGGAGGACCGGAAGGUGGCGGUGGUGGUGGUGGUGGUGCUGGUACGCCACCUCCCGACGCGAAAGCCCUCGUGGAGGCGCAGCACUUGUACGGUGGUAGUGGCGCCAUCAAGUACUAUCAAUCGCAAAUGCGUUACACACGUGAGGAUCCGAUCAUGUCCGACCAGCAGCAGUACAACUACAUGACGAGCGACGAGAACAAGCAGUUCGACGAUACGCACCUCACCAACAUGAGCAUCGAUCCGAUGAAGGACGACAAGUACCUGGAGAAGAUCAUCUCCCGGGCGGAGAACUACACCGUGUCGGCCGACCGGUCCCACACGCCCAACCCGCUCGACAUCACCGUGACGGACAACGUCAACAUCACCCGGAAACCGAUCCACGUCGGAUUUCUGGUGUCGUUCCUGGUCGACGCACGGGGCGGUGCCAUGCGCGGCUGUCGUCACAGUGGCGUGCGGGUGAUCGUCCCGCCCCGCUCGGCCGCGCAGCCCACCCGGAUCACCUGUCGGUAUGUGAAACCGCAACGCAUCACCAACGCGCCGCCCCUGAUGGAGGGCGAGGCGCUCGUCAGCCGGAUCCUCGAGCUGGCCCCGGUUGGUGCAAAGUUCCUUGGUCCGGUCAUCCUGGAAGUUCCGCACUUUGCGUCGCUGCGUGAUAAGGAACGCGAAAUCAUAAUCCUGCGCUCGGACAACGGCGAAACGUGGCGUGAGCACACCCUGUACGACAGUGAGGAAGCGAUCCACGACGUGUUGAACGAGACGUUCAAGGGCGACACGCUCAACUUUCUGGAGGAUCUGCACACGAACCGCAUUACGCGCGUGCUGACCAACGACUUUCCGCACUACUUUGCGAUCGUGUCACGCAUCCGGCAGGAGGUGCACGCGAUCGGCCCGGAAGGCGGCACCGUCUCGGCGACGGCCGUCCCGCAGGUGCAGGCCAUCUUCCCGCAGAACGCGCUCACGAAGAAGAUCCGCGUGGGGCUGCAGGCGCAGCCGAUCGAUAUGGGCACGACCGCCCAUCUGCUCGGCCGGAGCGUGGCCGUGUCGCCGGUGGUGACGGUGGAACCGCGGCGCCGCAAGUUCCACAAGGCGAUCACCCUCAGCAUGCCGGCCCCGAAGGCGUACAACUCGGGCAUGAUCAACCAGUACUCGGGCAAUGCGCCCACGUUGCGCCUGUUGUGCUCGAUCACCGGCGGCCAGAACAAGGCGGUCUGGGAGGACGUGACCGGAUCGACGCCGCUCACGUUCGUCAACGAUUGCGUGUCGUUCACGACGACCGUAUCGGCCCGCUUCUGGCUGAUGGACUGCCGGAACAUUAGUGAGGCGACCAAGAUGGCGACCGAACUGUACGCGCAGAUGGCCCACGUGCCGUUCAUGGUGAAGUUUGUCGUGUUCGCGAAGCGCGUCGAGCAGAGCGAGGCCAAGCUGAGCGUGUUCCUGAUGACGGACGACAAGGAGGACAAGACGCUCGAGCAGCAGGAGCACUUUACGGAGAUUGCGAAAUCGCGUGACGUCGAGGUGUGCGAGGGCCGCACGAUCUACCUGGAGUUUGCCGGCAACAUCGUGCCGGUGCAGAAGUCGGGCGAACAGCUGGCCCUGCAGUUCCACGCGUUCAAGGAGAACCGGCUCACGUUCACGGUGAAGAUCCGCAGUACGCUGGACGAACUGCUGGGGCGCAUCUCGUUCAUGAACGAGCCGAAGGUGGCGAAGGGUGAACCGAUCCAGACGCCCCUGUGCACACUCAACUUCACGCUGCCACCCGAGCGCUACGGACUCGGCGGUGACGAACUCGAGACGACGUCCGAGUUCGACCGCAGCUCGACGGAGAUACUGAACGGCAGCGAGCCGGGCGAGCUCGGCGUGGCGUCCGCGAACCGCGGCAAAACGUUUACGUUCGCGUUCCAGAACGGCGGUGCCACCGGUGUUGGCGUUGAGGGUGGUACCAACGAGAUCCACAAGGCGGACAUUAAGAUUACGGACAUCUGCAACCUGAUCGGCUCGGACUGGCCGCUGCUGGCGGAAGAACUGGCGAUCGCACCGACCGACGUGGAUCUGAUCCGGACGGAGUACCCGAACGAUGAGGCCCAGCAGGCGAUCGUGAUGCUGCGGCUGUGGUUACGCCAGGCCGGCCGGGACGCGACGGGCAACGUGCUGGAGCAGGCACUGAUCAAGAUCGAUCGGCGGGACAUUGUGAACAAAUCGAUCACCAACCUGGAACCGGUGACGGAUGAGUACGAGCGGAAGGUUGCCCAGCGGCAGCUCGGUUCGAUGAACGGACUCGACGAGAUCGAUCCGCCGGCCAAGCUAAAUGGUGUCCCCUCGGCAAUGGCACCGGCCAGAGCCAUGGAGGAAUCGACGGCGGACGAAAAGCAGGAGCACGAGGAGGUCGAGAAACACCAACGGCAGCAGCAGCAGCAGCAGGUAGGUGGUGAGAAUGGGUCACCGACUACGUCCUCGCCGGACCAGACCGAAGCGUACCAGCAGAUUCGGCGUGAAAGCGAAAUCCUGGGCAUCGCGGCCGUCAAGAAGGACGACCUGUCGACGCCGCCACCCAGCCCGGCCGACUUUAGUACCCAAGUUUCAAGCCAGAACAGCACGGCGGACGAGCGCCACGAUGUCGCGGAGGAUGUGCAAGAGAUCAUUCAGCAGGCGAUCAAAGACCAUGACACACAGGAGGAGGAGGAGGAGGACGACCGGGACGACGCACGGUUGCCGGCGACGCUGGUGGUGGUGGGGUCCGAUGGCGGCGAAGACUCCGAGGGCUUCGAGCUGGAAACGGACCGCAGUGGCAAGGUCAAGACGAUCAAGAAGCACUCGAAGGUGAACCUCAAGAUCAACAAAACGGUUCCCGCCCGGCCGACGGUCGGUGACAUCGAAUGGGAGGCGGCACAGCAGCCGCCGCCGCAGAUCGAAAUCUCCUCCGUCAACCUGGAGGACGUGUCGAACGAUCGGCGCUACAGCCUCGAUCACAUCGAUCCGCCAUCGAGCGACGGUCUGAGCACCGGUGCCGGUGCCGGACGUGCGUACGAAACGUCCCUCUCGACGCCGGGCCACGACUCGGCCCAGAAGUCGGAGCAGAUCGUGAUCGUUUCGUCCGACAACAACAUCUCGGAGGUGCCGGCCGACUACUCCGGCGACAUUGACGAGUUCAUUUUCGUGCAGACGUCGCCGGAGAACUAUGCCAAAAUGGAGCAGGAACAGCAGGAGGCACGCGCUGCCGGCGGCAUCGGCGGACGCGGUAGCCUGGGGACGGACGAGGACGACAACAGCAAUCUGGUGAUCAUCACGGAGGAACACUACGACUACGAGAUGACCAGCGACGAAGAUCGCCGAUCGUCGAGCGUGCUCGAUCCGUCGCCACCGGAGGAGAAGGAUCUCGAGGGGUACACGGUGCCCCCGUCGUCGGAUGGCGGUGCCGGUCAGAAGCGGUUCAUCGUCGGAAGCGGAAGCAGCAGCUCGGAGAGCGAAGAUGAACCGCGCGGCGGCCACCGGGGGCAGCGGCCCCCGACGGCCGCCGUCCGCCGCACGGUAACGACGACGACGAAGCGGACGAGGAUCGAACCGUCCGGACUGACGAUCACCGAGGACGAAACGGUAGUACUGCGGGCGGAAGAGGCCGACCAAGGCGGGAGCCCCCUGAUAACCGUUAGCCAGCCACCACCACCACCAGCACUAGUAGCAGCGGCCACGCAGCCACAGCCACCGUCGAGCAGCACCAGCAACAACUUCUCCUUCCGGACCGGUGGAUCCUCGAGCGGCUCGGACGUGGCCCUCCACGAGGCGGCCGGCGAGCUGAGCGAUGACGACGAAACAGGUAAAGUCAGCAGCUCAGUUCCCGUGGCCGCCACGGAGGCCGCCGGUGACCAGCAGCAGCAGGCAACCGGGGACGUCCCCGUCACUGCCACUGCCACCAGUGCGCCGAUUCCGAAUGUAUCCGUCAUAGUGACGCAAGUGUCGACCGAGAUCGAGAUCGACGACGAGUACCAGGACGAGGAGCAGCAAGAGCCGCCAGUGGCAGAGGAGCUGCUGGCCGAUGUCUCCUACGACGGUGGUGGCGAUGAGCUUGAUGAUGACGAUGGGUUGGAGCAGAGUUUAACCGAUAGCGGUGGUGACGGUGGCCGACCCGCACAACCCGGUUCCCGGUUCAGCGAUGUUGGCAGUGUCGACAUUAAAAACUUUCUGGUUCAGACCAACGACCAACCGAGCGGACUGGAACCGAGUGAACCACCAACCGAGCAGCGCUUAGGCGGCACCCAGCGUACGGAAACGAACACCUUCGUCAAUGAGUCCGAUGAUGGCACCGUUCGUACCACAGUCAUCACCACAACGACAACGCUUAACGCGACCGGAGACGAGAUACCGGAAGAUCUGGAAGAGCAGCUACUCAAGCAACUGCGCGAUCAGCAGUUGCUCCAGGAGGCACAGCAGCAGCACCACCAACAGCAAGAUGGCAAUCAGCGGACGGUGAUAGUAACGAGUACCGCUUCCGACACAGACCCGGCAACAGGGGCGGAGAAAAGUGCGACCCGCGUGACGACGACGACAAAAACGAUAACCGUCGCGCCGGACAGCGACUUCCCGGAGGACGAGCUGCUGCAGAAGAUCACAACGACCACGACCACGCACACGGCGCAACCGAACGUGCCGGAAAUGGUCAAGGAAACGACCGUCACGGUCACCGAGAUGGUCGAUGGGCGAACGUUGGACGGGGCCGCGAAGGCAGCACUCAACAAUAUUGUCGACGAGUUCAUGAACCAGGAGCGAAAGAACUAAGCAAAAAAACGAUGACGAUGCCAAUCCGCUGUCACCGUUUAAAAUUCUUAGUGCCUGGUACCGGGGCCUCAACGGCUUCCAGGGGACGGCUUGCUGCUUUUCUCCACCUCUCUCUACAAGAAACAAGAGUUGUAAAAUCAACUAAAACCACGCAAGCGGUUCGGGGGGUGGGGCAAUUGCUGCGCCGGAUUCGUCCCAGCCCGAGCUUCGGUUUUUUUGGUCCGUAACUUGGUUUGGCCAAAAUUGACACACAAUUUAACAGCCACAGCCAGACGCUGUGUACGGCGGCAGUUUGCCAACGAAGCAAACGAACUAGUUUUACAUUAACACAGAAAGUAUUUCGUCCGGCACACUGAGGAUAUUACAGAACGGAGCCGGGCGCCGAAGGGGCGAAUCUGCUGUGCUUUGAGAGAAGAUGGGCUUCGAGGGAUGAAACCAAGCUAAACGUACAAAAAUGGCGCGUAUCGUGUUACGUAUCCGACACCCGGCUGCCCGCGGUUCGGGAAUGCAUCGGUUUGCGUCGAGCAGAAAGGAAAAGCCCUAAUUCUCUUCCCCGGUGUCGUCAGCCGCGAUGGCAAACCGAUUUCACAGAACACACACACACACACAAUCUAUUGCGAACGGCGCAUAUUCAUAUACAUAUUUAUCGCGAGGCAACUUCAACGGCAGGAAGGGACGUUUCUUUAGCACGUAGUUUAAUCAAACGAACACAGCAAAAACGGGAUGGGAAAUCGAAGCGACAAAUAAUUGCAUAAGAAUCCACACCUUUAGCAAGAUACAUUAAGCGCUGCAGCAGAAGAGACAAAAUCUAACCACUAAACGAUAUCAAAACGCGAUCGCGAUCGAUCCUCACCUUUGAAGCUUUGCCAACCAUCCUGCAUGAACUCCACUCCAUUCAUUACCAACCAUAAACGGUCGCCACUGGCGAAGAGGAAAUCUUCGCUGGGGCUCUGGCCUUGGGGGCAGAACGGGCCAACUGAAGGUGGCCGAUAUGUGGCCACCAAAAUCACUACCUAGCCUGGGUGUGUAAUAUUGCUUCGCUUCGCUGACUCAGUCACAGCACAAAGGCGCGCAGUAAGUAGCGCGAAAACGUAGCAUUUGAGGAAACAAUUGAAACCGUUUUGUAAUUGCAUUCAAAAUUGGAAUCAGUGUAAUAGCGGCGGCGGCGGCGCCCGCCACGCUGCCGCGUCAACGUGUCCCCGUGAGUUUUAACAUUGUUUAACUAUAUAUUUAUUGUGCGUGCCCUGGAGGAUAGCAUUAGGUUUAGCGGCGGGCGGUGGAGUGCGCGACUGUUUGUUUUGCAAUUCUAGUGUUUUUACGUGAUUUUUUAUGAUUAUUGAUGUUUUUUCCCCUUCAACUUCCAUCGCUUUCGGCCCAACACACCACAGCAGUGUGUGUAUGGCCAGAUGGAGAAAGUGAAUGUGGCAUCUUUCGUUUUCUCUUUGCGUUUGAUUAAUUUUAGCGUCACACCGUACAAGUGUAAGAAUCUAUUUGUGUUGCAUUAUUUCCUAACGUUGCCCGCAACCGUUAGCCCCGCUCGAUCGGUCAGUGUGUCUCUGUGCGCCAAAUCGGCUUAUGCUUAUGCGGAGCUUGUGUCGAUCAAAUGUUUCCACUAUUUCUGCUAUUUAUUAAAGAAAACAAAAAUAAACACCGCCGCCGAACAAUAAAAUAAGAAGAGUGGCACUAGUUUGAAGCACGCAAGGAUAAGAGGGCCAGCCACUCGGCACUAGCAAAGGACAGCGAAAGACCGAGAGACAAACUGAACGGAACUAGUGAUUUGAAGAAGCCGACAUUGAAAAGGGAACAUAAAGCGCGAAUCAGAGAAGCAAAGAGAGAGAUAUUUGAUUGAAGCGUGCGAAAGAAAAAAACAUAACGAUCCGAAUGCAAAAACAAACAAAACACGAAGGCACACUUUGGAUGGGCAUGAUGCUAUAUUUUUGAAUUGUGUAUAGAGUUUAUUUACAAUCGCGAUUGCAGUAAUAAGUCCUAAGCAGAGUUGUCAAGCGGAGUGCGCGGCGAAUAAUGGAAUAAAAUUGAAGCGAAACAAACAAAACGGAAACACAUUGGAGGGCACAUCCCGU